GUUCAAAGAAAAGAAGAAUUCCAAAGGAGAGGUGGAAAGAUAUAAAGCAAGCUCAUGGCUAAAGGCUACAAGCAGCAACAUGGCGUCGACUAUGAAGAGGUUUUUGCACCGGUAGCUCGUCUGGAGAUGGUAAGGUUGAUACUUUCUCUAGCAGCUGAAAACAAGUGGAAGAUUUUCCAAAUGGAUGUCAAGUCAACCUUCCUAAAUGGCUCUAUUGAAGAAGAGGUGUAUGUUCAACAACCUCUCAACUAUGUUGUAAAGGGUGAAGAGAACAAGGUGCUUAAACUGAAGAAAGCUUUCUAUGGCUUGAAACAAGCUCCAAGAGCUUGGAAUUGCAGAAUUGAUAGAUACUUUCAAGAGAAUGGCUUUGUCAAGUGCCCUUAUGGAUAUGCCCUCUACAUAAAGGUGAGCAUUGGUGGAAUUUUAAUUGUUUGCCUAUAUGUAGAUGAUCUAAUCUUUACAGGUAAUAAUCCGAGGAUGUUUGAAGAAUUCAAAAGGGCAAUGAGCAAUGAAUUUGAAAUGACAGACAUGGGACUCAUGUCCUAUUAUCUUGACAUAGAAGUGAAACAGAUGGAGGAAGGCAUCUUCAUUUCACAAGAAAAUUAUGCGAGGGAGGUGCUUAAAAAGUUCAACAUGAGCAAUUGUAAACCAGUAAAUACUCUAGUUGCCUGUGGUAUCAAGUUGUUCAAGUUUGAAGAAGGUGAAAGUGUGGAUGCAACUCUUUUUUAGAGUUUAGUUGGAAGUUUGAGAUAUUUAACUUGCACAAGACCUGAUAUUUGGUUUGGAGUUGGGCUGGUUAGUCGAUAUUUGGAGGCUCCUACAACAGUCCAUGAUGAGCUAAUUCCACUCUAGCGAGUAUACUAAUCCAUUCAAGUAAUAUGAUGAUAAAAAUAGAGUAUCGUCUUACAA